GAUGGCCUUGCGCGCCGCUGCAGCGCGUACCGCGCAAACCAGUGGGAUCUACUCCAUUAGAUGUUUCAGUGCUUCUGCUGCACGAAACCAGGUCAGUGCCUGGCGAAAACCACUUGCAGCUGGUGCAGCUGGAUUGGCCUUCUACAGCAGCCCAUGCCUGGCGGAUGGUGCAAACAAGGAUGGCGUGCCUCCCUUCACCAUGGAUGCACCAAAGUACGACCAGUCCAGCUUCUAUGGCAGACUGAUGGGAAUGUACGACUACAUUGACCCACGAACUUUGCUCUUGACAAGUGAAGACUUGAAGAAAUCACUGGCAGCACUUGAGCAAUACAAGAAGACCGGCAAGACGCCAGAAGGCAUGUCGGACGCAGAGAUGUGGCAGCACCGAAAGAAUGUGGAAGUCAGCAUUCACCCAGUCACUGGAGAUGAGCUGUUGAAGGUUGGCCGCAUGUCCGCCUUUGUGCCGAUGAAUGUGCCCUUGUGCGCUUUCAUGUUGAUGGCCAAUGGCACCCCUCAAGUCCUUGCUGCACAAUGGCUGAACCAGACCUACAACAUGGUGAACAAUUAUGUGAACCGUUCCGGUGCCACUGUGGAAUGGAGCUCUUUGUUGCAAUCCUACGCUUUGGCUGUCACUGCCUCCUGCUCCAUUGCUGCUGGAUCAGGUCGUUUGAUGAAGGCUGUGCCCGCUUUGCAGGUCAUGGGGCCUUUUGUGCCCUAUUUGGCGGUGAUCUCUGCAGGGACUGCCAAUGUUUCUUUCACUCGCAUGGAGGAAUGGUACGGAAAGGGUGUGGCCAUUGCAGACGAAGAGGGCAAGGAGUUGGGCAUGUCUAGGGCUGCAGGUCAGCAGGGCGUCCUGCAAACAGUUCUCUCUCGAUCGUGCUUUUUGCCCAUCGCUCCGAUGGUGAUGCCCAUUGUGGGCAUGAAGAUGAUUGGCAGCGUUGCACCAGUUCUCACUGCUGGAGCUGCUGGUGUGGUCGUUGAGAUUUUGCUCAUCACUGGAUGCAUCUCUGGAAUGUUGCCUGUGGCCCUCGCCCUGCUCCCGCAGAAGAUGGAGAUUCCCGUGAGCAAACUCGAGCCUGAGUUCCAAAAUCUCAAGGAUUCCAAGGGACAAGCCAUCACCAAGGUCUUUGCCAACAAGGGCCUUUGA